GGCUCAGUUGCGACCUGAUGGAGUCCAAAUUUUUCUCGAAGCGAAGCGCAGCGCGAGCCUCUAUAAAUGGACAAAGUUCUUAGCAUUUACUGCUACAGCAAAAUACGGAAUUCAAUACUGCGUCCGAAAGCAGUCGGUCAGAAUUGACUUGCUACAGCUCUAGAGCUCCUCUCAACUUUGGAUCAGUAACGCGAUCGCUAAAUCCUAUGAAUUGCUUCUUUGCUUCAAUCGCAAUUCUUGCAUGAUGCCAAUACAGGACCUCAGAGAUGCGCCUAGAUAUUUUUUAUAGUAAAUCAGAAGUUUAUAGAUUUUAUUCGCGAGUAGUCAUUUGUUUUUGUCCCCUAACAUCAUUUUUCAUCCGGAUAAUUGAAGUUAUCCGUCCUGCUAUUGCUUUUCCUUUUCACCAUCUGCUUUUUCUAAAUGGCGGUCUCUUACCCCGACGAUACGCUGCGAAUCGUUUUAGAAAGUCGAAGAAGCGAGAAGAACCAUGCCAGAGUAUUGGCCGUGGGGUUACGAAGAGGACUUAUUUGAAAGGCGAGCGGCAAUCAUGUUUUCGUCGCGGUUGAAUUCCAAGCUUUCCAACCGCGUCGCCGGCCCGGCAGAAACGGAUAAGCAGUACCAGCACCAAAUCACCCGGGACGUACCCCGAGCAAAGAAGAAGCCGAAGUUUAGCUUCAGAGAUAGAAAAAACUCCUCAGAUGAGGAUUCGGAAGCGGAAGACGAAACCAAUGACCCACUAACAGCAGCCUCUCGCGGAAGUACAACAACCAAACCGCAGAAAAUUCGGCGCAUUGCGCACGUGGAGGGGCACUAUGCGACGUUCGCGUUCUUCGACUGCGCCGACCUACCGUGGUUGCCGUUCAUGCAGAGACAGUGCGCGAAGCGGCUGCAGGACGCGCAGGGGCCGGACGGGGACUUGGUGGGGAGAAUCGAGAAUCCGCACAUCAGCGUGUCCCCGUUGGUGAUGAUUCGGUACCAGUUCAUUGACACGUUGAUCAACCGCGCGAAGGAGCUGGUGAAGAAGCACACGAAGGGCCCCUUCACCGUGCAGUUCCACCCGAAGGGGGACAUUUUCGCCAACAUGGACCACAACCGGUGGUUCGGCGCGCUGCCGCUGAAGGGGCAGCAGGGGAUCGACCAGGUCACGCGGUACUCCAUGAUUCUAGAGCGGAUGUUCGAGCACUACGACGCCACGGACCACACGCAGCCUCUGGAAAAGGGGCAGACCAACAUCGAGACGCAGAUCGAGAAGGCCAGCACGGUGCAGCCGGCGUUGUGGAAGGAACCGCGGCCGCACCUGUCCCUCGCGUGGUGUCUGACGCAACCGGAAAACCUGCCCACCGGGGGCGGUCACGCGGAUUUUGGGCCGAACUGCUGGCCGGGCAUCCUCGGAGACCUGCCCGUUCCGGUCACGGAGGGAGACGGACUGGAAAUGAAGGUGGACACGCUCGUGGUGCAGGUCGGGAAUCGAUUUACGAAGAUUCCGCUGUGAUGAACGAGUAAAAGCGGAAGAUUUUUAUACACCACUCCGUAGUAGUUGUUUCAGCCCAAAUUGAUGUGAAAAAACGGCUCAAGAAGUUAUAAUUGCUGGUCUGCAAUACAGCAAAGGCGAAAUUUUCAUCCCCAAUCAUUUCAACAGCGACAGUUUCUUUUUCUUUGUCGAUCAAGCGCGCGCCCCGUUUGUAUCGAGUCAAUCUAACAACUUCGAAUAAUUC